UAGAAUGGCGGGCACGGCACAGCUACUGUGAUACAGGUUCUCCCUUCCUCCUGCACCAGCUGAGCAAUAAUGCUGGACUUCCUAGCUGAAAACAACUUCUGUGGGCAGGCCAUCCUGCGGAUCGUCUCCCGGGGCAACGCCAUCAUCGCAGAGCUCCUGAGAUUGUCUGAGUUCGUUCCCGGGGUAUUUAGGUUGAAGGACAAGGCCGACCAACAGAAAUAUGGGGAGAUUAUAUUUGACUUCAGCUACUUCAAAGGCCCUGAGAAUUAUGAGGGGAAAUUGGAGGCCAAGCCGGAACUUCAGGACCUGGAUGAGGAGUUUCGGGAGAACAACAUAGAAAUCCUCACAAGGUUCUAUUUGGCCUUUGAGAGUGUUCACAAGUACAUUGUGGAUUUAAAUAGGUAUUUGGAAGACCUUAAUGAAGGAAUUUAUAUCCAGCAAACCCUGGAAACCGUCCUUCUCAAUGAAGAUGGGAAGCAACUCUUAUGUGAAGCUUUGUACCUGUAUGGGGUGAUGCUGCUGGUAAUUGACCAGAAGAUUGAAGGGGAGGUGCGGGAGAGGAUGUUGGUGUCAUACUACAGAUAUAGUGCCGCCAGAUCGUCUGUUGACUCCAAUAUGGAUGAUAUUUGUAAGCUUCUGCGUAGCACCGGCUACUCCAGCCAGCCAGGAUCUAAACGCCCCCCGAAUUAUCCUGAGAGCUACUUCAAUCGGGUGCCUAUUAGUGAUACAUUCAUCAACAUGGUGAUCGGCAGACUGAGAUCUGAUGAUAUUUAUAAUCAGGUGUCAGCCUAUCCAUUGCCAGAACACCGCAGUACCGCGCUCGCCACUCAAGCUGCAAUUCUGUAUGUGAUCCUGUACUUCCACCCAUCCACCCUGCACAACCUUCAAGCCAAGAUGAGGGAAAUAGUGGACAAAUAUUUUCCAGAUAACUGGGUCAUCAGUAUUUAUAUGGGGAUCACCAUAAAUCUAAUGGAGGCAUGGGAGCCUUACAAGGCUGCGAAGACGGCUCUGAACUACACUUUGGAUCUGCCCAAUAUCAAAGAGCAGGCAUUGCGCUAUGCAGCCAUUGUAGAGCGCCUGCACCCGCAGGUCCAGCAGAUCCUGAAGGAGGGUUUCCUGAGAGAGGAAUUUGUCCUGGAUAACAUCCCCAAGCUGCUGAACUGCCUGCGUGACUGCAACGUCGCCAUCCGGUGGCUGAUGCUUCACACUGCAGAUUCGGCCUAUGACCCGAACAACAAGCGUCUCCGUCAGGUCAAAGACCAGGUCUUGGCUGAGUCAAAGUACAACUCCAAGGUCUUGUUCCAGCUUCUGCUGGACACAGCUCAGUUUGAAUUCAUCUUGAAGGAGAUGUUUAAACAGAUGCUGUCUGAGAAACAGGCCAAGUGGGAGAACUAUAAGAAGGAAGGUUCAGAGCGUAUGAUGGAACUGGCUGAUGUAUUUUCUGGGGUGAAGCCUCUUACCAGAGUGGAGAAGAAUGAGAACCUGCAGGCCUGGUUUCGUGAGAUCUCCAAACAAAUCCAGUCCCUGAGCUAUGAUGAUUCUACAGCAGCGGGAAGGAAGACUGUUCAGCUCAUACAGGCUUUGGAAGAGGUCCAGGAGUUUCACCAGCUGGAGAGUAACCUUCAGAUUUGCCAGUUCCUUGCUGACACCAGGAAAUUCCUACAUCAGAUGAUUCGCACCAUUAACAUCAAAGAGGAAGUGCUCAUCACUAUGCAGAUUGUGGGGGACCUGUCCUAUGCCUGGCAGCUGAUUGACAGUUUCACAUCCAUUAUGCAGGAAAGUAUAAGAGCCAAUCCAUCCAUGGUGACCAAACUGAGAGCCACUUUCCUGAAGCUGGCUUCAGCCCUUGACUUGCCAUUGCUUCGUAUCAACCAGGCAAACAGCUCCGAUCUUCUCAGUGUUUCCCAGUACUACUCUGGGGAGUUGGUGUCCUAUGUCAGGAAGGUUCUACAGAUCAUUCCAGAGAGCAUGUUUACCUCUCUGGCUAAAAUCAUCAAGCUGCAGACACACGAUAUUAUGGAAGUUCCAACACGCCUGGACAAGGACAAGCUAAGAGAUUACGCCCAGCUUGGAGCCAGAUAUGAGGUAGCCAGGCUGACCCAUGCUAUAUCCAUAUUUACCGAGGGCAUUCUAAUGAUGAAGACUACUCUGGUUGGAAUAAUUAAGGUGGAUCCAAAGCAGCUAUUAGAAGAUGGCAUACGGAAGGAGCUCGUUAAGAGAGUGGCGCUGGCUUUACAUAAGGGACUCAUCUUUAACUCAAGAGCAAAGCCCAGCGAGCUGCUGCCAAAAUUGAAGGAAAUGGCGGCCACAAUGGACGGGUUCCACCGCUCCUUCGAGUACAUCCAGGAUUAUGUCAGCAUUUACGGUCUGAAGAUUUGGCAAGAAGAAGUGUCACGGAUCGUCAACUACAACGUAGAACAAGAAUGCAACAACUUCCUCCGGACAAAGAUUCAAGACUGGCAAAGCAUGUACCAGUCCACUCACAUCCCCAUCCCCAAGUUCCCUCCGGUGGACGAGUCUGUCACCUUUAUUGGGCGUCUGUGCCGGGAGAUCCUGAGAAUAACAGAUCCAAAAGUGACGUGUUACAUAGACCAGAUGAACACCUGGUACGACAUGCGCACCCACCAUGAAGUGACCAACAGUCACCUCUUCUCCGAGAUCCAGGACUCCCUGGGAACAUUUGGCUUAAACGGGCUGGACAGACUGCUGUGCUUCAUGAUCGUCAAAGAGCUGCAGAACUUUCUCAGACUGUAUCAGCGGAUAAUUCUGAAGGAUAAAACAGUCCAGGAAACUCUCAGGGCUCUGCAGAAAGUGGCCAGCCCUCUAAAGGGGAUUAUAGCCAACUCUUCUAAAAUAUAUUCAUCCGCCAUUGCCAAAACUCCAAGGAUCUGGACUCCAUAUCUGGAUUCAAUAAUAAAGGUUGGUCAGAUGCAGAUUCUCAGGAGGCAGAUUGCUAAUGAGUUAAACUAUUCCUGCAAGUUUGACUCCAAGCACCUGGCCGCGGCUCUGGAGAACUUCAAUGAAGCCAUUCUGUCAGAUAUAAAAGCUCAUUACCAGGAUCCAUCUCUGCCAUGCCCCAAAGAGGACAACACUCUUCUGUAUGAGAUCACUGCGUACCUGGAGGCUGCCGGAACACACAACCCUCUCAACAAAAUUUAUGUCACCACGAAGCAGCUGUCUUUUUUCCCCAUCACCAACUUCCUCUUCCUGAUUUCCCAGUUGCCCAAGCUGCAGUAUAGCAAGAACUUAGGUAUGACCUGCAGGAAGCCAGCAGACGCCAUUGACUGGCCACCACUAGUUCUGGGGUUAAUGACGCUGCUGAAACAGUUCCACUCCCGAUAUAUGGAGCAGUUCCUUGCCCUUAUUGGGCAGUUUAUCCGUUCCUCCAUGGAGCAGAGCACAAGCCAAAAGAUUCCGGAGAUGCCGGCAGAUGUGGUUGGUGCACUUAUGUUUCUCGAAGAUUACGUUCACUAUACUAAGCUGCCCAGGAGGGUGGUUGAAGCUCAUGUGCCUAACUUCAUAUUCGAUGAGUUCAGGACAAUUCUGUAAAUGGUCGGCAGAGCAGAGACUGAGAGACGGUAAUAAACCACAGAGCCAGGACAAAGCUGCGGUUAGGCGGAAUACCAGGCUUGGUUAUAGGAAGAGCUGGCUCAGGUCCGGUGACCGCUAGCAUAGACAUUA